ACAUCAUUUGUCCAGCCCCCCGAAAGAUCUCCUUACUUUCCUCAGAGCGCGUCACUUCUACUCUGGAAUGUUUACAGGAACUUCAUGAGCAGCAUCAGGACCAAGUUUUUAUCAGUGGAAAAAGGGCAUGCUGUGAAGAAAUUUUGGGUUUAAGGAUCACAGUGGAUGCCACAGGUGUAGCUGCUGGGCUCAACAGAGUAAUGGCUGUUCAGACUGCAAUCAUGAACCCUCAGUUCAUGAAUUUCUGCUUCCCUGGCUCUGUGAUGGAGUAUGAUGUGGAAAAAAGUCUUGAUGGAAGUCUCCUGGGCGAGACAGAAAAUGAUGAGGACUACAAAGAGACGACGAGGGAUUUGUUGAGUUUCAUAGACUCAGCCUCCAGCAAUAUCAAGCUAGCUCUGGACAAGCCGGUGAAAUCUAAAAGGAAAGUCAACCACCGGAAGUAUCUGCAAAAGCAGAUCAAAAGGUGCACUGGCAUUAUAACACCAGGAAAUGCUGCAGAGGCCCCAGUAAAAAGACAGGGUUCUCCACUGACUCAGCCAAGCACUUUGCAGAGCAAAACUCUACCUAAGCGUGAUGGUGUUCAGGCCAACUUGCAGAGCAAAAGCUUGGCAGCUCUCUUCAGCCCUGUGAAGGAUAUAAGGGGUGAAAAACCCAAGAAACCACCGCUGAGGCAUCGCAACCUGCCCCCUUCUUUCUUUACCGAGCCUGCUAAUUGCUCCAAAGUCAGUUCAACAUCUGGGAUGACGCUGAAGGACUUGGAGCGAGGCAAUCCAGAGGCUACAGAGUUCUUUGAGCUACUGGGGCCCGAUUACUGCAACAUGGUCAGCGAUCAGGAUAUUUAUCAAGGCAUGCCUCUCCGGGUGCAGCCAGAGUUGGGAGGACCAGAUCCAGCUUCCUACGAUACUCAUCAUUUAGUUGGUGGCCUCCUCUACUCUGAACCCUGGACUAGCUGCUCAGGACCCUCUAAAAAAGUAGGGGAGAGUCUGCGUACAGGCCCAGCCCAGCCUCCUGUCUACUGUCAGUCUGAGGGUGCUACGGGGCCCAUAGAAGACAAUGCGCUGUGCACUUUAGCCUUUCCAAACUUCUUCGCAGACUGCCCCAUACCUCAGGUCACCUACGAUUUAACUGGUGGUUAUAACAGGGCAAAUUAUUCAUCUCUAUGAGAGGCUGACAAUUCUUUUGGCUUAUAAUAUGCAGAUAAUUAUGUUUAACAGUAGUUUAUCAUAUCAGGUUUGUUGUGAAAGCAGUGUUGCAACUGGAAAACAUGUAGCAUCAUCCCUACUCAACAAAGUGUGUCAUGCAAUUACUUCUGGAAACAAAGUAACUAUACCAAGUGCUUCUGUCACUCAUAGUUUUUCCACUUGUGAUAAAAAGCUUCACGCAUGUAUAUGAUUGCGUCUCUCUCAGGCAAUUUAUAUUGCAAUCGAUGAAAAUGCAUUUGAUUCUGGCUAUGCUGUUGCUUUAGUUAAGUUGUCCACUUGAGAAUGUGCAAAUCAGACUACAGAUUAUAACAUUUAUAUAUUUUACAAAAAUAAUCACACAAGCAGCACAAAUACUUGUUGGUUUAGUCCACAAAGCAUCUCUUUCUGUUUUUUUUUUAAUAUAUCAUAGGACUGUUUGAGAAAACAAAUGGAGCACUUUUCCUGCUAGUAACAUUUCUGUGCAGCAACAUAAAAGGGACUACUAAUUUUAAUUUUCAAACAGUAAUGUCUGAUGCCGUGUUUGCUUGAUGAAGUUUUAUAGCUCUGAAGUUAUUUUCAGCUGGAAGAAUUUCACUUGUGCCCUUUUGUCUGUGGAAAAGCCUUUAAUGUAUCUAGCUAUUGUAAUAAGAGGAAAUAAAGCUGGCCUUUAUUACUGUGUCUGGUUGUGUUCAUUGUGGUUGAGGUUUAAUUAUCAUGAAGAAAUGAGGAUACAAAG